GGUAUUCCGAAUGCAAUAUGUCUACUUUCACUUUAUGAACCACAUGUUUCACAGUGAGAUUGCUCGAUGUCCGUAGUUAUCCACAAUCUACAGAGGUCAAUCAGACUGAAUGUGCAGCGCUUGGAGAGAGAUGUACGUUAUUUGCGUCGUUUGAUGGGGUUGACUAGUUUCCACAUGGGGAUACAGUGCGUUGAAGAUGAUUACAUAGCGGAGGCGAACUUAGCGUAUCGAGGUGUCGAAGGAACCACAGACGUUCUUGCCUUUCCUCUCCUCGAGGAAUUAGAGCCCGGACAAGCAUUACCAGAAAUACCUGAGCCGGACAGAAGACUCCUAGGCGACCUGAUGUUGGGCAUCCCUUAUAUACACAAACACUCUCAAUUACACGAGGAACAGUUGGAGGAGACACUAAGUGUGAUGGUUCUGCAUGGGAUGUGUCAUUUGAUUGGCUACGACCACGAGACCGAGGACCAAUGGAAACAGAUGUACCAUAAGGAGUUAAGGAUUUUAGAACAAUUCAACCAGAAAACAGGAUACAGUUGCAAGCCUCUAUUAGGCAUUGGUCAUGGAUGAUGUAUUUCAGUAUAAGCUAUAUAAUACUGGUACAUUUACUUUUCGUUUUGAAUUGGUAGAGAAUGCAGUAUUGUGUCGGGAAAAGAAAAUAUCUGCAUGGUUUCUUGAGAACGAAAAUAUGAAAAGUUUUAGACAUUUUUCUUUACAUUAAUAUCUUAACAAAUACGUCUAGAAAUAUGAGUUGACACAGAAAAUUAGCCAAUAAGGGUUUUACGGUACUGGGAAUUUAACUGCAUGUGUGUCAUAGCGACGAUGCCAAGGUUGAGUUCUUCAACGGCCAUACACUUAUUGUUUUAAGUACUGAAACUUAAAAUACAGGUUUGUCCGAGUGAAACAAUACUUUAUCACAUGUCCAUAUACAUGGAAAUGGAAGAAAUAAUGUAAAACAGAUGUACACUUCACACACAAUUUUAUGCUGAUACAUUCUGUAAAUAGGAGGGGAUAUUUGAUAUAGUAAGCUCCUAUUUACUUAUUAGUAAGUUAACUAGCGUGGUCAGUAUUAACGUGAAAUACGCGUGGUUAAGUUGUAGAUGAUUAAGUAAUGAAGCACACAUCACAUUGUUCACGAUUGUACAUUAUAAGACCAUGCACUAAUAAUUACUUGUAAUAUUCAACCUGAUUGGUGACACUGGUCCCCAAUUUUUAAUAAAACUUUACUGAAUCUAA